ACGUCAGGGCGGAUGGGGUCGCUCCGCCAUAUUGGUUGCGGGCACGGCACUGGGAGCGGCUGGCGUGGUCCGGGUAUGGACUGGCAGCGGAGCCUGAGGAGCCGGCUGGCUGCCCGCCACGGCCCCAAAAAAAGCGAACAAGAGCUAAAAGAUGAAGAAAUGGAAUUGUUCACAAAAUAUUACAUGGAAUGGAAAGGAGAGAGAAAAAGUGGCAAUACGUCAUAUAUGAACAUACCACGAUUUUACUACAGGCUGCCGGCUGAAGAUGAAAUCUUGCUUCAGAAAUUAAGAGAAGAAUCUAGAGCAGUCUUUCUGCAAAGAAAAAGCAGAGAGCUGUUGGAUAAUGAAGAGCUGCAGAAUCUAUGGUUUCUACUGGACAAACAUCAGACAUCACCAAUGAUUGGGGAAGAAGCAAUGAUCAACUAUGAGAACUUUUUGAAAGUUGGUGAAAAAGCUGGACCUAAAUGCAAGCAGUUCUUCACAGCUAAGAUCUUUGCUAAAUUACUCCAUAAUGAUCCUUAUGGGAGAAUAUCUAUCAUGCAGUUUUUCAAUUAUGUCAUGCGAAAAGUGUGGCUUCAUCAGACAAGAAUAGGUCUCAGUUUAUAUGAUGUGGCAGGACAGGGGUACCUCAGAGAAUCAGAUUUAGAAAAUUACAUUCUGGAACUCAUCCCUACUUUGCCACAACUGGAUGGUUUAGAAAAAUCUUUUUACUCCUUCUAUGUCUGCACAGCAGUUAGAAAGUUUUUCUUCUUUCUGGAUCCUCUCAGAACAGGGAAGAUAAAGAUACAGGAUAUUUUAGCUUGCAGCUUCCUGGAUGACUUGCUAGAGUUAAGGGACGAAGAACUUUCUAAAGAAAGUCAGGAGACAAACUGGUUUUCUGCUCCUUCUGCAUUAAGAGUUUAUGGCCAGUACUUAAACCUCGAUAAAGAUCACAAUGGCAUGCUCAGCAAAGAAGAACUGUCCCGGUAUGGAACAGGGACUCUGACCAACAUAUUUCUGGAUCGUGUCUUUCAGGAAUGCUUAACUUAUGAUGGUGAAAUGGACUAUAAAACCUACCUGGACUUUGUGCUUGCAUUAGAAAACAGAAAGGAACCUGCAGCUCUGCAAUAUAUUUUCAAACUGCUUGAUAUAGAGAACAAAGGAUACCUGAAUGUCUUUUCCCUUAAUUAUUUCUUUAGGGCUAUUCAGGAACAAAUGAAAAUCCAUGGACAAGAACCUGUUUCUUUUCAGGAUGUCAAGACUGGUAGAGAUGAUCUGACAUGUCCUACUCAUAGGUUGCAGAAUGUUUUUAUAUUGGCAGUUGCUCUGUGAGAAAUCUGGUAUGUAACUGUUCUAGUAGUUUCUUUACUAAUACACAAAUUACUCGUUAAACACAUGUUGCUGUGUCUUACACUUGAAUAUACUUGGUAUGUCUAUUUUAUGGUUCAGGAUCAUCCCUUGGAGCAGGGAGCAGACUGGUGACUAAAAAAACAUGUCUUACAAAACUCUUUAUUACUGCCUGCUUUACAUUUAGCAGUGUUACUACUUAAUUAGAAGCUCUUCCACUUCUCAACUUAGCUCAUAAACGUUGAGUUUCAUGUUGUCAUUUUGAGGCCAGCGCCUCCCCAGAAAAGCAAAUUCUUGUCUGAGAAGUGGGAGCUCAGCACAUUGCUCCUGUCCACAGCCAGUAUUGUGCUUUGUGUGGGACUUAACAGCUUUUUUUUGUAAAUUGGUGAGGGUGGCACUAGUUACCCAGAGAUAACUCUGUAUUAUGGUAUGAAGUAUCCAUUAUUCUGCUCAUUAAUGUGUGGGGUGUUUUUCCCUAAUUUUGACUUUUCUUUCAUAGGAUGAAAUCUUUGAUAUGGUAAAGCCUAAGGAUCCUUACAAAAUCUCCCUUCAGGACUUAAUCAAUAGCAGCCAAGGAGACACUGUUACCAGCAUUCUAAUUGAUCUGAAUGGGUUCUGGACAUAUGAAAACAGAGAGGUCCUUGUGGCAAGUGAUAAUGACAACACUGCUGAUGUUGAGGAUACGUGAGUUUGAACAGGAGCAUGCUGUGUCCGUAGAGAUACCUCAGUCUGGUGCACCAACUGUUGGAAGCUAGAAACAUUCAUUAUCUGAAUCAAUGCCUCUUCCAUUUUAUUUUCCUCCCAGUAUAAAAUGUGGUACAUACAGGAAUUGCAGGACUAAUUUCUGAAACCAAAAAUGCAACUCUUAAAGAGGUAAAAAUUACUUUUUUUUUAAUUUUAUUUUAUUUAAUAAAUAUUCUUGGACUUUU